AUGUCUGGCUAUCCCGGCUACCAAACCUCGUACGGCGGCGCGCCCCCGCCAGGAGCCUUCCCCUCCUCCCAGGGCUACUACCCGUAUGACUCUCGCCUGUCUCUUCCUGGGCCUCUGCCUCUUAAUUACAACGGCUACGCCCCUCCGCCCCAGCCUGGCUAUGGCUAUCAGUCCUCGCCUCAGCCCUACGGUUUCAACGGUGGGCCCCCACCGCCGCAGCAGUACGGCUACAACGCGCCGCACCAGGGCCAGUACGGCCGACCAAACGCACCGCCCUCGAAUUCGUACGGCCAUGCUCCUCGCCCACCCCCAGCCACCCCACAGCACUUUGGCACCGGCGCCCCCACCAACUAUGCAUUCCAGUACUCGCAGUGCAAUGGUCGCCGGAAGGCCCUUCUCGUCGGCAUCAACUACUUCGGCCAGCGCGGCCAGCUGAGAGGCUGCAUCAAUGACGUGCGCAACAUGUCCGCGUACCUGGUCGAGCACUUUGGCUACAAGCGGGAGGACAUGGUCCUGCUCACCGACGACCAGCAGAACCCCAUGAGCCAGCCUACCAAGCAGAACAUCUUGCGCGCAAUGCAUUGGCUCGUCAAGGACGCCCGCCCCAACGACUCGUUAUUCUUCCACUACUCAGGACACGGUGGACAGACAAAGGACCUGGACGGCGACGAGGAGGACGGUUAUGACGAGGUGAUAUAUCCGGUCGAUUUCCGGCAGGUCGGGCACAUCACAGACGACGAGAUGCACAGGAUAUUAGUCAAGCCAUUACAGCCCGGCACCCGGCUGACGGCAAUCUUCGAUUCGUGCCACUCGGGCACAGCGUUGGACCUGCCGUACAUCUACUCGACCCAGGGCAUUCUCAAGGAGCCUAACCUGGCCAAGGAGGCCGGUCAGGGCCUGCUGGGCGUCAUCGCCUCCUACAGCCAGGGCGAUAUCGGCGGCAUGAUCAAGAAGGGCAUGGGUUUCUUCAAGAAGGCCACCAAUGGGGAGGACGCUCAUAACCGUACUAUUGCCACAAAGACUUCGCCGGCAGACGUUAUCAUGCUUUCAGGUAGCAAGGAUGACCAGACCUCAGCCGACGCAACCAUUGCCGCCCAGGCAACCGGCGCCAUGUCCUGGGCCUUCAUCACCGCCCUGAAGAAGAACCCGCAACAAAGCUACGUCCAGCUGCUCAACAGUAUCCGCGACGAGCUCGCCAGCAAAUACAGCCAACGGCCUCAACUCUCGAGCAGCCACCCUCUUAUAGAUACGAACCUCCUCUUCGUGAUGUAG